GAAUAACUGUGUGGAACAUACAUCGCAAUAACAGUAACCAUAGUUAUGUCAACAUUAACGAUCUAGUCUGCGACCGCAUUCGCAGUUAAAAAUCAUAUAUUUUUGCAUUAUUAGAAUAAAGUAUGUCACAAACCUUGCUGUACUCCCCCUAUAAAUUCUUGAAAAGGUGUUUCUUAAAGAAUUAACAUUACCAUUCACAACACAUACACGUGCAAACUCUCACACAAAAAUGGAGUUUUAUGAUGGAGAUUUCAUGGAGGAAUUAAUGGCUCUAAGAACAGAAACUCCAACUCAAGAACAAAAUCAAUUCUUCUCAUCAUCAACUAACAACAACAGCUUGAGUUUCGAAAACUUUUUCGAUCAAAACUCUUGUUCUAAUCAACAACUCUUUCCUCAAAGCUACAUCAACAAUGAUUACUACACCAACAGUAACAGUUUCAAUGAAAUCUAUGAUUCAUUACUUCAAGAAUCUUCAACACCUCAGAUUCUUGAUUCAUAUUAUAGUAAUAACACACUCGACGCGCCGUUUGUUUCUCAAGAUUUUCCGUUGUCCAUGAUUGGAGAAGAAGAGGAUCAAAGUAUGCUCGGCGAAGAGAUUAAGAAUUUGGAGCUGCAAACAACGUGCAAAAUGGAGGAAACACAAUCACCUGAAAUGCCGGUAGUUUUCAACGCAGGAAACAGUUUGGAGAGAAAGAAUCGGUCGAAGAAGCUUCAAGGACAACCGUCGAAGAAUUUAAUGGCGGAAAGGAGACGACGAAAGAGAUUAAACGAUCGAUUAUCGAUGCUACGAGCAAUUGUGCCUAAGAUAAGCAAGAUGGAUCGAACGGCUAUACUUGGAGAUACUAUUGAUUAUAUGAAAGAGCUUCUAGAGAAAAUCAACAAUCUCCAACAAGAAAUUGAACUAGAUUCAAACAUGUCAAGCAUUAUCAAAGAUGUAAAGCCAAAUGAAAUCUUAAUAAGAAACUCUCCAAAGUUUGCGGUGGAGCGAGGCCUAGACACCAGGGUUGAAAUUUGUUGUGCAGGGAAGCCUGGGUUAUUGCUAUCCACAGUGAACACAUUGGAAGCAUUAGGUCUUGAGAUUCAACAAUGUGUUAUAAGUUGUUUCAAUGAGUUCACAAUGCAAGCUUCUUGCUCAGAGGAAUUUGAGAGAAGUACAAUGUUGAGUUCCGAAGAUAUUAAGCAAGCUUUAUUUAGAAGUGCGGGCUAUGGAGGAAGAUGUUUGUGAGGUCUUGAAUUCAAAUAUUCAAAGAUAGAAGUUUUAUGCGCUUACACGCAAGGGAUGAAUCUCAAUCGUUAAUUUUAGAUCAGACGAUUCAAAUUACAUAAUUUGUACCUUAAUUUAAACAUUCUUGAUCAUUGAUUUAGAUCGAACGACUGAGAUCUGUUACUACAUCGCACGGUUACAUUAUAGAAUCCUUAGGCUAGUUUUUUUUCCCAACGGUAUCAUCGAUUCAAAUGAAAUAUUCAUUUAUGUUGAUUGAUUUUGGUAUCUCACAUAUCUAUAUAUCUAAGUUCAAACUGAGUUCUGGACA